UAUGCUGCAACUUCGAACAACACCGCGCGAGUGCGGGCUUCUCUGGCGAGCCGCGGCGUCGCCGCAUCGCCGUGUGCGCUUCUGGCACGCCGCGGGCGGGGCGGGAAGCGGGCCGCACUCGGCCCGCUGGGGAGGGAGGAGUGGGAGGGAGGGGCGGCGACGCACGAUGGGCAGGCAGGAGAAUAGGAGAGCGCUGCGCUCAUUGGCAACAGCUCGGACACGUGCUGGUCAGGCAUCACGCGUGCAGCUUGCUGGAGGGAGCGGAGCAAGCGGAGAACGACGACGACGACGACGACGACGACGACGACGACGACGACGACGACGACGACGACGACGACGACGACGACGACGACGACGACGACGAGAGAGAGGGAAGCAGGAGGAAGACCUCCUGCUGGGCGGAAGCCGGCCCGAUGCCCUCGGGGCAGCCCGAGGAGAGCCGCCCGGAGGCCCGCCCGGAGGCGAGGGGCCGGCGCAUACCGCGCCGCCCCGCGGCGUCGGCCGCCUUCCCCCCCCCCCCACGGUUGCUUCUUCCAGAACAGGCCAGCCGCCCGCCCAGCUCUGCCCACUUGCCCGCCGGGCUCACAGGCACGUCUCAGGGACGAGGAAAGAGAGCGAUUGGUGUGCGUGUGGGUGCAUAGCUCUCUUCGCCCGACUAGGCGGUGGCGGCAUGGUGUGGCUGGGGGUCACUGCCUCGCAAGGUGGUCAACGCAGAGGAGGCCACACAGCACGAGGCCCACGUCGCUCCGGGGGCCAACUCGGACCCGGUACCGCUGGCGGCCGCCGUCGUGGCUGGCCCUGUAGAGCUCGGUGUUGGCCACCGCGCUGCGGACCUCGAGGCCCGCGGCGCUGGUCUUGACGUAAGAGGAAGAAAGAGACGGCACACGCAUGGACAGUCGGAGCUCUCCGCGGGGAUCUCUCGGAUCGGCACUGGGCCCUGGCGCGCUCCGCACUCAGCGCAGAUGCAAGGAAUCCGCGCGGAGCUCCGGACGCUUAUGGAUGUGCUCUUCUUGCUUCCUCGGAUGUCGGUGACGUCCACCGCGU